AUGAUGUUCCUAUUGACCAUCAGCCUUCUGGCCCUGUUUUCCUUCCCAGCUCUUGGCGAUACUCCUCCCCUAUCAGCCGAAGCAUUCCCCCCAGUCAAUUUGGGGUAUGCAAUCCACAUGCCAACAUAUAUCAACAUUACUUCUUUUGGACUUGCAGUUGCAAAAUAUAACAAUAUCCGCUAUGCCCAGCCUCCAGUAGGCGACCUUCGAUUUCGCAAGCCAAAGACACCCCCACCACAGGCUGACGGCAUACAAGACGGCACUCAAUAUCCAUCUACAGACUGCGUUAGCAGUGCCUUCCCUGAAGUUCCAUUCCCAGGUCUAAACGGUACUACCUGGGGUCAGGAAGAUUGCCUGUUCUUGAAUGUACAAGUCCCAGAAGGUGUUAAGGAAGGUGACCGUGUCCCUGUCCUUCACUGGAUUCAUGGAAGUGGGUAUGCAUUUGGAAGUAAAGAUACAAUAGGAAUUACUGUGGACCCGGAAGGUUUGUUUGAUAGCCUGCGUCGAGAUGGUGAAAAGUUCGUUUUUGUUACAAGCAACUACCGUCUCGGCCUUUACGGAUGGAUGUCUAGCCCUGAAGAAGAUAUGACCGCCAAUAUUGGACUUCAUGAUAGCCUUGCAGCGGUACAAUGGACAAAGGAACACAUAUCGAAGUUUGGGGGUGACCCAGAGAGGAUUACGGUAAUUGGACAGAGUGCUGGAGCAGGCAUAAUUAACCUUAUGUUAACCUCCUACGGGGGAAAAGGUGACCUUCCGUUUUCGCAGGCAGUUGUUCAGUCUCCAUCAAUAAUGCCCCGGAGAGACGUAGCCUCCCGCAGGAAAGAGGUUUACAACCAAGUUCUCAAAUCAACAAACUGUAUCAAUCUCACCUGUCUUAGAGCUGCUUCACCAGAUGUUCUCAAGACAGCAAACCAUCAUCUGAUAGUAGAGGUGCCAACUGGUACAGGAGGAGGCUCUUUCGGCCCUGGAGUUGGUUUCUCUCCCCUGGUUGAUGGAGAUAUUGUCCCAGAUGAGCCUAUGAUACUCCUUGAACAAGGAAGAUUCCAUAGAGAGGUGAAACGAGUCAUAGCAUCAAACACUGCAUAUGAGGGAAAUGGCCUUAGCUCUGAUACCAACAUGCCCGAUGGAUUCCCUGACUACGUUCGAAUAAACUUCCCCAAUGCAAGUGAGGGGACUAUUCGGCAGAUUCAGAACCUAUUCCCUUACCCUCCCGGUAAACCAGAAAGCAUUGCAAAGGCAUAUGGAUCUAAAGCCUACCGAUAUGUGAUGCGUAUUCCACCGGCAACCCAUGCUCUGGAUCUAUCUUAUUUCUUCUUCAUCGACAAUACAACAACUCCCGUUAGAAGUGAAAGUGCUGCAAGACAGGCUCAAAGCUUCCUAAGCCAAUUCAUUCAAGGUAAUAAUGAGAAGAAUGGCUCACUUCUUUUACCUGAAUCUCAAUCUACACCUGCUUGGGCACCUUACGGCUCACAAUUCCGCACUAUGGAUGUUGUCGACCACGGUUUUGAGCUCGGGUUUGAUCUCUGGGAAACGAAGCGAAUUUGUGGAACGUUACUUCAUAUCAUUAAGGAUCCUAGAAAUGGUAAUUAA